AAUUCCCAAUGUGACACCACCCCAUCCAAAUAUUAACUUUCUAACCUCACCCCCAUCUCCUCCCCUCAAUUUUCCAAUCAUUAUGAAACAUGCGCCCAUGAAAAACACUUUGGAAAAGGACUUUAUCGACAGAUGCCUUUAUAAGCUCCCGCCCAAGCACAGGCGCAGGCUCAUGCGGAUGCGCAUGCGUCUGCGGCAGUCGUGGACGCCCCUUGAACUCCGCCGGACGGUGCGCAUAUUGCGCGUGGUCCACGAUGAGGGCUACCAUCAAUCGUGCCCCACCGCGCGUGCGAUGCUGCACCUGGGUGGGCUCCUGUUCCGGCUACCGUGGCAUCUACCGUGCCACCUCCCGCCGCCACCGGGCGAGAUCAUGGCCUUUCCGGACGGGGCGCGCGAGUACUUCAAGACGUUGCACACGGCGCUGCUCGCGGAGCGCCUGCUCCCGCUCUGGCGGUGGCGCGACACGGCGGCGCGCUCCUUCUUUCGCCUGUACGAGGGCAUCUGCUGCGGCGACGACGUCAUGGUCCAGUACGAGACCGAGUACUUUUGGUACCGGGACGAGCCGUCGUGGGCGCCCGACGCGCUGCCCGACCCGCGCGGGCUUGGAGAGCUGGCUCCCGGCGACGAGGGCCGGCGGCAGCUGGCGGUGCUCGCCUCGACGGCCGACGCGCUGGCCGAGGCCUUCAACUGGCGCCACAUGCACGGGCUCCGCCGCGACCGCAACCACGUCGACUGGCUCGGCGACGCCCCGCGCGUCCACGAGGUGGUGUACAAGGGCCCCGCCUGGGCUGAAGCGGUACCGCGCCUGCCCGAGCUGCUGGAGCUCCACAAGGCCAGCCCCGAGUGGCUGGCCACUGGGCAGGAUUACAGGCUCGGCUACAGCAAAGAUGUGAUAUGCCCGUUUUGGAAACGCAACAUUUUUGUCGAAACCGGGGCUCUUAGGUCCGUCUAG